GAUAAUGUUUGAAUAUUUUGUACUUUCUUCAAGGUGGUAUAACAAAAAAUGGAAAUUGAAAGUGGAAAAUCCCAGGAAAAGGCAGUGAUACGGGAAGGAUCAGCAUUGAUAGAGAGUGACGGUCAUGUAUUUUACAAUCCAGUCCAGGAAUUCAACAGAGAUUUGAGUAUUCUGGUGCUCUCCAGCUUUUCCAGGCUCUUCUGGCAGGAGCAGGAAUCUAAAAAUCAGUCCCAGAAAGAAUUUCUAGAUCAACCUGGUGUGAAAUGCGAAGAAGGAUUGCGAAUCCUCGAAGCUCUCGCUGCAACGGGCUUGAGAAGUAUUCGGUAUGCAAAAGAAGUUCCAGGAAUUCGGGAAAUUCUGGCGAAUGAUCUCUCACGGAAGGCCGUGCAGGAUAUCAGGAAGAAUGUGGAGAGAAAUGGAGUGGAGAAUCUUGUCGUGCCCAAUGAAGCGGAUGCCCUGAUGCUAAUGUACACGAGCAUGAGGCCAGAAAAGAGAUUCUCCGUGAUAGACCUGGAUCCUUAUGGAUGUCCAACACGCUUCCUAGAUGCGGCUGUGCAGAGUAUUGUGGAUGGGGGUUUGCUGCUAGUGACAGCAACGGACAUGGCUGUGCUGGCAGGCAAUUCUCCGGAAUCUUGCUUCGUGAAAUACGGCUCGAUAUCCUUGAAAUCAAAAGCUUGCCAUGAGAUGGCCAUCAGGAUCCUCCUGCGGAGCCUUGAGAGCCAUGCAACGCAAUAUGGACGUUUUAUUCAGCCCCUCUUGAGCAUAUCUGCAGACUUUUACAUCCGGGUAUUUGUCCGGGUAUUCACAAGUCCAGUAAAAUGCAAAAAGAGCAGCAGCAAGCAAUCCCUGGUAUUCCAAUGUACCGGCUGUGAUUCUCUCACAUUGCAGCCUCUUGGGAUGUUAAAACCGAAUCCCACGGAGAAAAAUCCAGAUCAGGUGAAAUAUGCCAUCCCAACUGGACCCUUUGUGGACUCUUCCUGCAUCCACUGUGGCUUCCGGCAUCACAUGGGUGGUCCUAUUUGGUCAGAUCCCAUUCACGAUGUCACCUUCGUGGACAGUCUCCUGGAAGCUGUUCAGAACAGCAAUUUAGGCACCAGCAAGAGACUUCUGGGCCAACUCACAGUCAUCCGGGAAGAACUUCCGGAUAUUCCUCUGUACUACUGCGUAGACAAACUCUGCUCAACUAUCAAAGUAGUCACGAUGCCGGUGUUAAAAUUUCGCUCUGCUCUGCUUCAUGCCGGUUUCCGGGUAUCCUAUUCACAUGCCCACAAGAAUUCCCUGAAAACUGAUGCUCCCAAUCGCAUCAUGUGGGAUAUUCUGAGAUGCUGGGCAGAGAAGAAUCCCGUAAAUCCAGAGAGAUUUGUAGACGGAACACCGCUGAAAGCCAUUUUGGAGCAGAAAUCCCAGAAUUCGUACAAUUUCGAUGACAUCCAUCCCGAUGCCAAUCCUGAGAGUCGACGGAACUGCCUUUCGCGCUUCCCCGAAAACCCAACGGCUCACUGGGGACCAGGAACUCGAGCAACGCUCAUGAUCAGCGGCACGGCAAUGACAAAGAGUGUCAGGAAUCAGAACAAAAAGACCAAGAGGCCUCGGGAAGAUGAACCAACGAAUGGACAGGAAGUCCAGGAUGUGAAAGUGCAAAAAAGUUCAUAAAUCAAUAAAGAAUUCUUGAUUAUUUUGACCAGAAAA